GCGACCACGCCGUCACGUUCUCGUCACUCACCCUGCGCCCCGGUGUCUAUUCCGUGCGAACUAAACUCUACGACACUCGAUAACAAUUCCAAACUUUACCAACUUUACUUAUACGAGCUUAAAAGUUUUAAAGCACGAUAGCCAUUUAUAUUUAGAUGCUUAGUGAUCAUUAUUAUUUGUAGUUAGAUUUAGAUUAAUAUUUGGUGAUGUGCGAUGGCUAAGCGGCGGGCCCUAAAGCAUUGGUCAGGUUGGCAGUGUGCGCGGCGGUUGUUACCGAUAUGCGCCUGGGCAUGCGCCGUGCUUGUUCCACUUGUUUCUAACGUAAAUGCUGAUGUUGACACUUCUACUGGUCAUGGAGAUAAUACGCUUACCAACUCAGUGGUCGAAGAGCCGGAGUUCACAGAUGUCAUCCAAAACGUAACGGUACCAGCGGGUCGCAGCGUGCGACUCGCUUGUUCUGUCAAAAACCUAGGCUCAUACAAGGUUGCUUGGAUGCACUUCGAACAAUCGGCUAUACUCACUGUGCACAAUCACGUGAUAACCCGCAACCCCCGAGUGAGCGUCACGCACGACAAGCACAGGACGUGGUUCCUUCACAUCUCCGACGUGCGCGAGGAAGAUCGCGGACGUUACAUGUGUCAAAUUAACACAGUUACAGCAAAAACGCAAUUCGGCUAUCUUCACGUUGUUGUGCCCCCGUCUAUCGACGACUCGUUGAGCUCGAGCGACGUUAUCGUCCGAGAGGGCGCCAACGUCACUCUGACCUGUCGCGCUAAUGGCUCUCCUAAGCCCACCAUCAAGUGGAAACGAGAUGACAACUCAAAAAUCUCCAUUAGUAAAGGCCAUUCUGUUUCAGAAUGGGAAGGUGAAAUAUUAGAAAUGGCAAGAAUAUCUAGGUUAGAUAUGGGAGCAUAUUUAUGCAUCGCUAGUAAUGGUGUACCACCCACUGUCUCUAAGCGAGUCAAAGUUAGUGUCGACUUCCCACCGAUGUUAUGGAUACCACAUCAGCUUGUCGGUGCACCGCUUUAUUACAAUGUUACGCUAGAAUGCUUUACUGAAGCCCAUCCAACAUCAUUAAACUAUUGGACUCGUGAUGAUGGACACAUGAUACAUGAAAGCCCCAAAUACCACAUGGAAAACACUGUUGGAGUGCCCGCGUAUAAGACUCACAUGAAACUUCUUAUAAGGCAUAUUGUAUCUGACGAUUAUGGUACUUACAAAUGUGUCGCAAAAAAUCCGAGAGGAGAGUCGGAUGGCACUAUAAGAUUAUACACAUCUUCACCACCAACUACGACUCCGGACCCAAGAGCCAUAACAGUACCACCGCCCUCGAAACCACCCCGACGAGAUACUCCUAGCACAGAUAAAGGAACGAAGUAUCAAUCAAACUUGAACGAGAUCGAUAAAGGGAAGCAGAAGCCAGACGAGGGAGGCGGGAAGACGCAUCUUAACUGGGUGGGAGGUGCAUCACAGGUCACGGAUAAUGCAGCACGAGCAAGAAAAUUUCACCGAUGGAUUUUUAUUUUACUUUGUUUCUCUUCGUUCUUGUAAUUUAGGCGUGAUACAAAUUCGAAAAUGAGCCUAGUAAUUGAUAAUCUGUUGAAAAUAAUUUUAUUGUAAAUUAUAUCUCUAAAAUGCACUUAUGAGCACUUAUCUGUAAUAAUCUAGAGCUUACUGUAUAUUAGGUAUAACUAAUAUUUGAUUUUGCACACUAUCUAUAUUCACCCAAAGCACUCAGCUACUUUUUAAUACUAAAUAUUAUUAUUUGUAAUGCUUCUAAGUUUUGUUAAUACAAAAAAUACAAAUAAAAGAAAUUAAGAUAGAUAAAAAGAAAAAGGAAAACAGGUACUGUAGUUUUAAUAAAAGUAUUUUAGUUUUAUCAAAAUGUAAAUUUUAUCUCAAUGAAUUAAUCACUGUUUAUUAGUAGAUACAUAGAUUGUAUCGGUCCCGUAUUAUAUAAAAAGACAGUUCCUUGCAUUAGUCUAUAUAUUGGGGAAGAAAAGCACCCUUUUGUAAGUUGGCUAAAAUUUUCGAAUAACAUCUUUAAUAUGAUUUAUUAUAAGUUUACCCUGCUUAUGGAGAAAUGUAAUUUAAUUACAGCACUAGUAAAAAUAUACGUAAAGUGCACUGAUGUCAAAGUAGCCAUUUUUAUAUGAUAGACUAAGACUGAACGGUGUAUAAGAUUGGAAAUAUAGUGUUUCGAUUUUUAUUUAAAUUUGUCAAAUUUGUUAAAUUAUAUUUUUUGAUAAUUGAGUCGUUAUUUGAAAAAUAUAGGAAUAACCUAUUUUAUUUUAAAGAUAUAAUAUUAUGUUAUUAAUUAUUGUCACUGUAAGUAAAAGUGAUGUAAGAAAUUUUAAAGGUAAAGCGGUUCGUAUUUUUAUUUGGAAAGUGUAUUUACGACUAUUGUAAAAGAGUUCGUAUACAAUGUGUAGGACAGCGAGGGCAUGGAAAAUGGGAUGUUCUGCCAAGAAAACGGCAAAGCUGGGCAUCGUAUUGCUACCCGCCACUAGCUACUAGUUUAUUGGGAUGUAACUUGGUAUAUAUUCUAUCUAAGAUGUGCUCGUUUGUCACACUAACUAGCACAGUUCUACGACACAUAUUAUUUUACGCUGAUAAAUGUCGUAUAAAAUCUUCCGUCAAUUAAAUUUAUAUAAUCUAUCGUUACGUGAGUGUUAACGUUAACCUGUUGCCAAAUUGCUAAUUAUAAGAAAAAUGCUGCAUAGAAGAUAUUAUUGUAAAUAUAAUAUAUAAGCCAAACAAUGGAGUGUGUUUUUAAUGACAGAGUGUAUUGAUUGUUUACAUUGUGUAUUGAAUGAGAUAUAAGCCGUUGUAAGUAAUCAUUCGUGGCUCACACGUAAUGACU